UUUCGGUGGAAAAGCCGUUGCGCCAUUUUAGAGGGUUGAGGGAUUUUAAAGAGAGAGGUAAAUCACAAGUUUAUUAAAAUGAGGCUGUUUAGGUCGAACAACAGGAGAAAAUGACAAUAUAUUUUAAGGCAUGAUACUGUAGGGGCAGUUGUUUUUUAAUCGGUGGUUUAAAGGAGGAAAAGAAGAAAAAAGACCGGCUUGGGUGUUUUGGGUUUUCUAGCUACUUGUUUUGUUUACGCGUUAGCAGGAGGAGCUAAAACUUUCACUGUUCCAGUCCGAUAUGGCAUCAAACCCAGACAUGCCUGAGGUGCCUUCGUUGGGAAUGGCCACGGCAGCUGGAUCGCAUGCCGGUGCCGGAGCCAUCGUGCCAAAGGGCAGCAACAAACGCUCAGCAAGCUCUGAUUUUGAAGAUGAUGAAGGAAGUAAACUCUUCAGAUGUGAUGAUGAUGCAGGCGCCUCAAAUGACAAAGAACGCUUUGCCAGGGAGAACCACAGUGAAAUCGAGCGGCGGAGGCGGAACAAGAUGACCGCGUAUAUCACCGAAUUGUCUGAGAUGGUGCCCACGUGCAGCGCCUUGGCAAGGAAACCAGACAAGCUGACCAUUCUGCGCAUGGCCGUGUCACACAUGAAGUCGCUGAAAGGCAGCGGCAACACAGGAGCUGAUGGAACGUACAAACCGUCCUUCCUCACUGACCAGGAGCUGAAGCAUCUGAUUUUGGAGGCAGCUGAUGGUUUCUUGUUUGUGGUGUCUUGUGAGAGUGGACGCGUCGUUUACGUCUCCGACUCGAUCACGCCUGUUUUAAACCAAGCUCAGUCUGACUGGCUCGGAUCAUCUUUAUAUGACCAGCUCCAUCCAGACGACACAGACAAACUGAGGGAGCAGCUCUCCACCAGUGAAAAUGCCAACAGUGGGCGGAUGCUGGAUCUGAAGACUGGUACGGUGAAGAAGGAGGGUAGUCAGUCAUCCAUGAGGAUGAGUAUGGGGGCACGUCGCUCCUUCAUUUGCAGAAUGAGAUGUGGAACUUGUCCUGUGGAGCCAGUGUCUAUGAAUAGGCUCAGUUUUCUGAAGAGCAGAAACAGGAGUGGUUUGGGCCCUGCUAAAGAUGGAGAGAUUCAGUAUGUGGUGGUUCAUUGCACUGGAUACAUCAGAUCUUGGCCUCCUGCAGGCGUUUCCCUUUCUGAAGAUGAAUGUGACAGUGGCCAGGGGAACCGGUACUGUCUGGUUGCCAUUGGAAGGCUACAGGUAACAUGUUGUCCCAGUGACAACAACGUGAACAGCAUCAGCAUCCCUGUAGAGUUCAUAUCACGUCAUAACUGUCAGGGCGCUUUCACAUUCGUAGAUCACCGCUGUUUGGCCACAGUGGGCUACCAGCCCCAGGAGCUAUUGGGGAAGAACUUUCUUGAAUUUGCCCAUCCAGAGGACCAGGGCUUACUCAGAGAUAGCUUGCAGCAGGUGGUUAAGCUGCGUGGUCAGGUUCUGUCUGUGAUGUUCCGUUUUCGAGCCAAAUCGCGAGAGUGGAUCUGGAUGAGAACCAGUUCUUUCACCUUCCAGAACCCGUACUCGGAGGAGAUAGAGUACAUCAUCUGCACCAACGCAAACGUCAAUAAAGCGCCAAAUCAGGAUGCCCUCUCCCCUCUGUCCUCCCCAAGGGGGGCACUGCCCCCUUCUCUGGGGCAAAACAGCCCUAACUGCCCCUCUGCCUCCAGCCCGGGGCAAAUAACUGCCAGGCAGUUGCAGCAGCAACAGGCAGAGCUGGAAGGCAGUGCAGGGAGAGAGGACAUGUAUGAGGCUGGACAGGUGUCUCUUCCUCAGGUUCCAGUGCAGUCAGUAGGAGCUGUAGGUGCUGAUCCCAAUCACUCAAAAGUUAUGUCCACCAGUGCACCCCCAACUGGCCAGCAGGUUUACCCUCCAGCCGCCUCGUUCAGUGCUGCAGCUCGGCCCAAUGAACCCUUCAGGUCACCAGCAAUGGCACCGCAGAUGUCACAGCCCCCUCCCUCUGCUGGUCAGCUCCUUGCACACAUGUCCCGUCAAAGCGCCCCCACUGGACCUGUGACCAAUGGCACCAGCCCGAUCCAGGCACAGUCAGGCAGCACAGCACCCCCUGGAGCCUGGCCUCCCUCGCGCCCCCCCUUCAGCUCACAGCAGGUGGGAGGACAGACAGGGAAAAGUCAGUCACCUCAGUUUGCCUUGGGAACCUUCAGCUCUGCCCCUCCCUCAUCAUCAUCUUCCUCUUUUGGGCAGAUGGGCGGAGCUCCAGUAAAUGUUCCAUCCAACACAUCCAGCUACCCUCAGCUCAGUAAUCGCAGUAAUCCCUCUACCAAUGGCUACAAUGAUGUUAGUCAGGCUGGGUCGCAGUUCCCAUCCAGACCAACAGAGGCACCAGGGUGGCAGCAGUGGCAGAGCCAGCCCCACACACAAAGCAAUGCGGACACACAUCCUCACAUACAGAAUAACCAACCAGAGAUGUUCACCGACGUUCUGUCCAUAUUGGAUCAGUCUGCUAACUUCAGCAACGAAGAUUUUGAGGAAAUGCCCAUGUUCCCUCCUUUUGCCGAGUGAUCCAUCUCAUCCUCCCUUCUUUCCUUUUUUCUCCCUCCAACUGUCUCUCUUCUCUAGUUUACCGAUCACACCAAGAAGAAGCAACAAGCGAGAGAGAUUGUUUAAAGCCAUAAAGUAAAGGAAAAAUAGAGGGUGGCGAAUAGAUAGUAGCACCCAAAAACUCCAGGGCGUUUUUGAGUUGACCUUGAUCCGCUGCGGAAGUGGCUCUGUGUUAAAACCACGCACAAGUGCACAAAGUGAGCACAACGAGUCUGACACACUGAGUUACUGCCCCUACCCCCACCUCUCCAGAACACCCACAGACACACAUUUGUGCAGGUUCAAAUGUCAGAUGCUACUUUCUGCUCUGAGUUGAAAGCCUGGUGCAGCACAGCUUAUGUGAUGAUAGAGUUGAGUAUAAUUAUUGCACUAUGCUUCUUUUCUUAGUGAUCACAAUCAGUUAAAGAAUAUCGUUCCCUUUUUUAGCAUGGUCACAUGUCCCUAUUAACAAGCAAGUAUGUUUUUUUCCAAGGUUUAGGGAUUUUUUUUUUCUUUCUGAGUAAAGUUUUCACUGUUAAUUUUGUGUUAAAGAAAAAGCUGAAGCCCACACAAAACAUUCAUCAAAAUAAACGGCUCCCCUUUAAUACAUUGCCUACAUUUUGCAGCGCUUUGCUUCAUUUUCAUGCAAGUGUCUUCCUUGGUAUAAAGAGCAGGUUUUGUCUACAUCAUUUUUUGUGUAGGUUUUUUUUUUUAUUUUCAUCUCCAGUUGUUAAAUGCACUUACUGGAAAUCUCUUCCUUGGUUUAAACACCUGAAUGGUUUGAGUGCUGGUGAGUGCUGACAUCACAGCAAGAGUAUAAAAUGUAUGGGCUUUGGUGUUAUUCACGAGUUUGUGCAGGUGUCAGUUGUUCCUUCAGUUUUGCAGUUUUUUGCAAAGAAAAAUAGCACAGUGUUCUUUUUAGGAUGUUAUUGCACAAAGAAAACAUGCCUAGAUUUCUUUUUCUUUUUAAUGGAAAGCAAGCUGGGUGUCCCCAAACCUUUGCCGUGUAGUGUAUUAGUUGCAUAUCAGGUUGUGCAUGUUUUGACAUGCAAACAGAUAUUCAAACACACAAACUUCUGUUCCUCCUCCUCUACAGUUUGUCUAGCUUCAAGUGUGCUCUUCCUCCUUUUCUGUUUUUUUUUUUUUUUUUUUUAAUUUUUUAAACUCAUUUUUGUAAGUACAGUUACAUAGAAAGCGAUAAAGAGUAAGAGCAAUAAUUAUGAGCAGGAAUCGAGUAUUUUGAAAGCCAUCUCAUGUUGUUAUUCAAAUUGGUGUUAUUAUAAUGUAAUUAUGAGACAAGCAUUCAGGGUUUCUUGUCUGUCAGUUCACCUUCAUUCUAAAGUCUAUAAAGUAGCCGCAAAAUUGGCAUUAGUUAAUUGUUAUAUGGUCAGAGAGCAGCUGUCCUUUGCUAACUCUUAAAUAUCUAGGCGAAUUCAGUAUUUGUAUAGAAAUGAACUUUGUUACAAUCUGAUCAGCUCAGCAAUUAAUGUCUUCAUUUAUUUCAUCUUAAUUUUGUUAAAAAUAUCUUUAUAUUUUAAAAAAAGAAUUGACGUGUGAAAUCUCGGACAGUGAACCUUUUUGGAUUUUCACCCUUCAGUCCACACCGCUGCUGUUGGAUCUACAACUCUAUCAGUUGGACCGUCUCAUUGGUUCAGAGAAAGUUUGUUGGUUUCUUUAUUUCUCCAUUUUUAAGCUGCGCGUUGUAAUCCAAAGGUUCAUUUUCAGUCUGUUUUGAAGUUAUGGACAUCAUGUUGAUCCAAACUUUUUUUUUAAAUUGAAUUUUAAAUGUCUGCAUUUGAAUUUGGGUGCAUGACUUGCUUUCGUGCUAAUUCACAUACUGAAAACUGUUUAAAGUGGUGUUUUUUGUUUUUUUUCUUCUCCCUUUCUCAGCCGUGGCGAGGUGUGUUUGUUGUAAUGUAAUUGUUUGUUUUAAACCACUUUGGUUUUUCAUCCAGGUAUUUACAAUGAUGUGAAUUGCAGUUUAUAUGUUCCACAUAGAUUCACAAAUAUAUAAAAAUAUAUGUAUAUGAAAUGUUAAACAAGAGAAAGAUAAAUGUUUGGCUUUUUGUAUUAAAUUGUUACAUUGUCAGAA